AUGAGCGACCCGGUGAUGGCGGCGGAUGGGCACUCAUACGAGCGGACGGCGAUCGAGCGUUGGCUCGCGACCAAGUCGACGAGUCCUCUGACGGGCGGCGAGCUCGACCACACUUGUAUCUUCCCAAACCACUCGCUGCGUCGGAUGAUCCGAGAGUGGCAGAAGGCGCAGGCGGUCGAGUGCACGGAGCUAAGUGCCUCGCCGUCCUCGCGGGAGUCGCUUAGGCGGCUCCAGUGGUGUGCCUGUGUUAGUGCCAGUGCGCGCCAGUCCCGUGCCCAGUAA